GUACAGACAUCCAAUGGCGCCACCGUGACGCAUCGCAGUACCUCUUCCUCCAACGGUGACGACAGCACUACGCCCAACCCUACUCCUACACCGGCCAGACCUCCACGAUCAAAAUAUCGUCAUGUCGCCGCCGUCCACUCCAUCACCAGGCCCUCAUGCCUCAGUCAUGAUUCCAAUGCCACGCCUAGCUUCCUGGGAUUUCGCAACCUCAUGGUUAUCGUCCUUGUCGUGGGAAACUUGCGCCUCAUGAUUGAGAACAUGCAAAAGUACGGAGUCCUCAUCUGCAUCCGAUGCCACGCCUACCGCAACCAAGACAUCAUCAUGGGCCUCAUGCUCUACUUCAUCAUCCCGUGCCACCUGUUCGCAGCCUACCUUAUAGAGCUCUUGGCCGCUCAGCAGGCCCGGGGGUCGCGCAAACGCAUCAAGGAGGGCCGGACGGGGCCCUCGGACGACGACCGCAAGCGCUUCCACACCGCCUGGACAGUGGUGGCCUGGGCGCACGGCAUCAACAUCACGUUGGCGCUGGCCCUCACGACGGUCAUCGUCUACUUCCGCAUCUUCCACCCGCUCAUAGGCACGCUGACGGAGCUCCACGCCAUCAUCGUGUGGCUCAAGGCGGCCUCGUACGCCUUCACCAACCGCGACCUGCGGCACGCCUACCUGCACCCGGUCAAGGGCGAGGCCGUGCCCGACCUGUACGCCCGCUGCCCCUACCCGGCCAACAUCACCAUGGGCAACCUCGUCUACUUCUGGUGGGCCCCGACCCUCGUCUACCAGCCCGUCUACCCCCGCACCGACCGGAUCCGCUGGCUCUUCGUCGCCAAGAGGCUGGGCGAGGUCUUCUGCCUCAGCGUCUUCAUCUGGUUCGCCACCGCCCAGUACGCCACCCCGGUCCUGGUCAACUCCAUCGACAAGAUCGCCUCGCUCGACUUCCCCUCCAUCCUCGAGCGCCUCCUGAAGCUGUCCACCAUCUCCCUCGUCAUCUGGCUCGCCGGCUUCUUCGCCCUCUUCCAGUCCUUCCUCAACGCCCUCGCCGAGGUCCUCCGCUUCGGCGACCGCGCCUUCUACGACGACUGGUGGAACUCGGAGAGCCUCGGCGCCUACUGGCGUCUGUGGAACAAGCCCGUCUACACUUACUUCAAGCGUCACGUCUACAUGCCCAUGGUCGGGAGGGGUUGGAGCCCCUCCACGGCUAGCUUCUCCGUCUUUCUCCUCUCUGCUUUUCUGCAUGAGAUUCUCGUCGGCGUGCCCACUCACAAUAUAAUCGGCGUCGCCUUCCUGGGCAUGCUUCUCCAGCUCCCACUCAUUGCCAUGACGGCUCCCCUCGAGAAGAUGAAGAGCGGUACUGGCGGCAGCACGCACACAUAA